AUGAAAACUUUACCACCUGGGAAGCAUAUGAAAAGGAAGCGUUACACGCUCGUGCAGCUUUGGACGAUAAAAUUAUCAACUAGAACUUUUAAACGAAAUGACUACCAUCUUUAUUCCUAUGAUAAAGGGCGCGGCAGGAAAAGUCAUUUGGAAAGAAUCCCAAAAGAGACGAGGAAGUCUAGAACUGUUUUCUUACAAAUGUGCUUCGUGUUUCAAGGAUUCGAAAAGGAAAAAGAAUGUUGCAGAUCUCCAAAGGAAUUAAAUUUAAUGAAUCGAAGCAAAAGGGUCUCAGUUUUAAUUGAAUCUUCAAAUGAAAAUCCAAUAACACCCACGCCGCCCGUGCAACGACACAAGAAAGUUGAAACUCUGCUCGACAAAAACGAGGACGAAUUAAAUAUAAAUACAAAUUAA